AUGGCACAGAACAAGCCCAAAAACAAACUCCUCAUCGCCUGGUCCAUCGACUUUGACGCCAUCUCUGGCUGGCUCGGCACAGGCCAACACCACUCCAACAGCACAGCAGACUACAGUUCCGGCUACUUCAGCGCCCACGUAGGAGUGCCCCGUCUCCUCAAACUCUUCCAAAAAUUGCAGAUCGCCGACAAAGUUACCUGGUGUAUCCCUGGCCACAGCAUCGAAACCUUUCCAUCCCAGACGAAAGCCAUUGUAGAAAGCGGAGCAGAAAUCGCGCUCCAUGGCUAUGCUCAUGAGUCGGCCAGCCAGAUGACGGCGGAGCAGGAGCGGGAUGUGUUGGUGAAGUAUAUGGACCUCGUCGAGGGUUUGACGGGGACGAGAGUGAAGGGCUAUAGAGCGCCGCUUUAUCAGUUGAAGGAGCGGAAUAUCUCGCUUCUCCAAGAACAUGACUUUCUAUGGGAUUCAAGCCUCUCUCAUCACGAUAGUGCGACUUACUUUCUACCGAAGGACCCGGCACCAAUCGACCCUAUCGACUUCAACCCGGAGACGAAGGCAGAACAGUGGAUGCAUCCGACGCCUGACUUCGCAUCGUUGCCGAAGAGCAACUUGGUAGAGAUCCCAUGCAAUUGGUAUAUGGAAGAUAUGACUCCGCUACAGUUCUUCCCAAACACGCCUAAUUCUGCUGGGUAUGAGAUUGAGGAGGGGAGGGAGGAUUUGGUGGUGUAUAGUAUUGUGGUCCAUCCAGAUACGAGUGGGAUGGCGCAUGUUGUUGGGAUGGUUGAGAGGUUCUUGAUGUGGGUGUUGGACCAUGGGGAGGAUGUUGCGGAGUUUAGGACUUGUGGGAGUAUUGCUAAGGAGUUUAGAGAGAGGGAGCAGGGGAGAGAAGGGAGAUGA